AUCCCAGCUCUCCUGCUGCCUGUAUCUGCAUUCAAGCUAAAAUUACUCCAUGUAGUCUGACUUCCUGGGAACCAGGGGGAGAGUGUUGCGAGCCCCAUACAUGACCCAUUUCUCUAGCUUUGUUUGGACUGAAACUGGGAUCUUUUUUAAACCUCCUCACCAGGGAGAGGGGACUACAGGGAUUUCCCUUUUUUUUAGCUCUCCGUUUAUUCUUUCACCACCGGUGGACAGGAUGAUCGCAGCACAGCUUCUGGCCUACUACUUCACAGAGUUGAAGGAUGACAAAGUCAAAAAGAUCGAUAAGUACCUGUAUGCCAUGCGUUUCUCCGACGAGACGCUGAUGGACAUCAUGAAACGAUUCAGGAGGGAACUGGGGAAUGGGCUGGGUCGGGACACGAACCCUACAGCAACUGUCAAGAUGCUGCCCACCUUCGUCAGGUCCAUUCCUGAUGGAUCAGAGAAGGGGGACUUCAUUGCUCUGGAUCUGGGAGGCUCGGCCUUCCGCAUCCUGCGAGUGAAGGUGUCCCAUGAGAAGAAGCAGACGGUUCAGAUGGAGAGCCAGAUCUAUGACACUCCAGAGGACAUCAUCCAUGGCAGUGGCACUCGGCUGUUUGACCAUGUUGCAGAGUGCCUGGGUGACUUCAUGGAGAAGCAGAAUAUCAAGGAUAAGAAGCUUUCUGUCGGCUUCACCUUCUCCUUCCCCUGUGCACAAACAAAACUGAAUGAGAGUUAUUUGCUCACUUGGACAAAACGCUUUAAAGCCAGUGGAGUUGAGGGAAUGGACGUUGUGACUCUUCUGAACAAGGCCAUCAAAAAACGUGGGGACUAUGAUGCAGACAUCAUGGCAGUGGUCAAUGACACAGUUGGAACCAUGAUGACCUGUGGCUUUGAUGACCAGCGUUGUGAAGUUGGUAUCAUCAUAGGCACAGGUACUAAUGCUUGUUACAUGGAGGAGCUAAGGCACAUUGACCUGGUGGAGGGAGACGAGGGCAGAAUGUGUAUCAACACAGAGUGGGGAGCCUUUGGGGACGAUGGAAUGCUGGAGGACAUUCGCACAGAGUUCGACAGAGAAAUUGACAGGGGCUCUCUAAACCCAGGGAAACAGCUGUUUGAGAAGAUGGUCAGUGGGAUGUACAUGGGCGAACUUGUGCGACUCAUCCUGGUCAAGAUGGCCAAAGAGGGAUUUUUGUUUGAGGGUCGGAUAACGCCUGAACUUCUUACUAAAGGGAAAUUUGAAACCAAACACGUUUCUUCCAUUGAAAAGAGUAAAGAAGGCCUCGCUAAAGCCAAGGAUAUCCUAGGUCGCCUGGGUGUGGAACCAUCCGCAGAUGACUGCGUUGCUGUGCAGCACGUAUGCACCAUAGUCUCCCACAGAUCAGCCAACCUCCUCGCUGCCACUCUGGGCGGCAUCCUCUCCAGGCUAAAGGACAACAAAGGGAACCCUCGCCUACGCACCACUGUGGGCAUCGACGGCUCUCUCUACAAGAUGCACCCGCAAUAUGCCCGGCGUCUCCACAAAACAGUCCGCCGCCUAGUUCCUGAGUCAGAUGUCCGCUUCCUGCUCUCAGAGAGUGGGAGCUCCAAGGGCGCUGCCAUGGUGACCGCUGUGGCCUACCGGCUGGCUGACCAGCGUCGUCAGAUCACAGAGACCCUGGCUGAGUUCAGACUGACCAGUGACCAGCUGCUGGAGGUGAAGAAGAGGAUGAGGACAGAGAUCCAGAACGGCCUGGGGAAAAAGACCCAUGACAGCGCCACCAUCAAGAUGUGGCCCACAUAUGUACUCAGCACACCAGAUGGAUCAGAAAAUGGUGAUUUCUUGGCUUUGGAUUUAGGAGGGACAAACUUUAGAGUGCUGUUGGUGAAGAUUCGCAGUGGCAAGCGGCGGACAGUAGAGAUGCAUAACAAAAUUUAUGCUAUUCCUAUGGAGGUGAUGCAGGGGACUGGAGAGGAGCUGUUUGACCACAUUGUCCAGUGCAUAUCUGACUUCCUGGACUACAUGGGUAUGAAGAACACUCGCCUGCCUCUGGGUUUCACCUUCUCUUUCCCCUGCAGACAGACCAGCUUGGAUGUGGGCAUCCUGGUAACCUGGACCAAAGGCUUCAAAGCCACUGACUGUGAAGGGGAGGAUGUUGUCGGGCUUCUCAGAGAGGGGAUUAAAAGGAGAGAGGAGUUUGACUUGGACGUGGUGGCAGUAGUUAAUGACACAGUGGGGACCAUGAUGACAUGUGCAUAUGAAGAGCCUACCUGUGAGGUCGGCCUGAUCGCAGGAACUGGCAGCAACGCCUGUUACAUGGAGGAGAUGAGGAACAUUGAGGUGGUGGAGGGGGAUGUGGGGAGGAUGUGUGUCAACAUGGAGUGGGGCGCCUUCGGGGAUAAUGGGUGCCUGGAUGAUAUCAGGACAGAAUAUGACAGAGCUGUGGAUGACUUUUCACUCAACCUUGGAAAGCAGAGGUAUGAGAAGAUGUGCAGCGGUAUGUAUCUCGGAGAGAUUGUGCGAAACAUACUGAUCGACUUGACGAAGCGUGGCUUUCUCUUCAGAGGGCAGAUAUCAGAGACUCUGAAGACCAGAGGCAUUUUCGAAACUAAGUUCCUCUCCCAGAUUGAAAGUGACCGUUUGGCGCUACUGCAGGUGAGGUCCAUCCUGCAGCAGCUGGGUCUGGACAGCACAUGUGAUGACAGUAUCAUCGUCAAGGAGGUGUGUGGUACAGUGUCCCGCCGGGCGGCUCAGCUCUGUGGAGCCGGAAUGGCUGCCGUUGUCGACAAAAUCCGAGAGAACCGUGGGCUGAACCAAAUGGACAUCACCGUUGGGGUGGACGGAACACUCUACAAGCUACAUCCACACUUCUCAGGGAUCAUGCAUCAGACAGUGAAAGAGUUGGCCCCUAAGUGCAACGUCAACUUCCUUCUCUCUGAGGACGGGAGUGGCAAGGGUGCAGCCCUCAUCACUGCUGUGGGCUGUCGCAUGCGUGAGCAGAAGAGCUGAGUGUGUUUGGCUUAACCCCCUCUCCACUCCUCUUCCUCCUCCUCUUCUUUCUCUCCUUAUAGUAGCAUACCACUCUAGCAAUAAUACUUACAGUAUUUUCCACUUAACCACUCUGCUUCAGAAACCAACCAUUGUUCGUCUGUGGUGGGCAGAUCUCAAGGGCACCAAUGACAGAACAUUUACAUGCUUUAAACAAUUUCACUUCUUCACCUGCUAUUACCAGCCGUUUGGUCUUUGGGUUGAUCUGCUAUUCCGUAUGCAAGGAACUGGGCUCUUUGUUUGAUUUCAUCUUAUUUGUGAUGUUAUAACACUGCUUUGAGCAUUUGGGUAUAUGUAUAAUAGGAAAUAUUUCUGCUUUGAAUGUUGUACCUGUAUACCUUGCUCAGGUAUAUAAAUGUAAAUGUUAUUUAUUAGAUUUUUGUAUUGGGUGGAUGUUUUGACAUAAUGAGUUGUAAGGGAGAAUCAUUGCAAGGUUAAGAAGUUAUCUUGUGAAAUCUGGUUUUUAUUUUUAACUUGGCAUUCUUCUUUAAGUGUUUCAAAGAUAUCAAAUGUCACCCUUUUUUGUAUUUGCUUGAUAGAAUUUCUAGGGUUGUUAUGAAUGAACCAUUGUUCCUUGACAUUUGAGUAUCUUUUCAUUGCUCAAGGGCAGGCUGCUCACAAGCUCAUUCAAAAGUAAAUGCAGCCACGCUGUAGGAUGCUUCCUCAAUGCAUUGCUUUGGCAGUCUUUGUGAAACCUCAGGCUGAGUCAUGUUAAGGGCCAGAUUCAAUCAGAGCCUGCUGAAAAUCAGAUAUCUAAAGCAACUGUAUCAAUAUAACUGGCUUUUGUGAAUAAGAUAAUGACUUGAAUUCCAGCAGUGCACAAUGUACAAAAGAAGACAUUUAUAACAGAAUGAAUGGAGCAAGAUGUGUGUGAGCAUAUGUUUGUAUACUGCAGUUGAAUAUUCAACCUUACUGUAAGAAGAAAAAUUGCUAUAAGAUUAAAUAAUAAAUGCUUAUCUUAUUUAGUGUCAGAAAUCUAGAAUACAAUUAUUUUGUACAAUCAGAGAUGCACAAAACUGGUAAAAAGGAUGCAUUGGGAUUCAAUUACAUUUAUUUUGAUGUGCAACCAAAUAUAAAGUUGUUAGUCAUCAGAUAAAGACCUAUUGUAAUUACCUUUUCAAUAAAGGUCCACUUCCAUUCUGA